AUGAAGUGCGUCCGAUUCUCAUUGCUGGUGAUUGGCCUGCUGGCGGCUCCGACUGCCUGGGCUCGAGUUCCCUAUCCGGAGGUGGAGCUUCCUCCACUUAUCCAGGAUGAUGACAUCUUCGACCGGGUCGUCGUGCGUCCCCAGCCCGUGGGUCGUUCCGGAGCCUGCAGUGUGACAAUCCGCGGAGGACUGCCCAGUCCCCAGCCCGUCUACCUGAAGACCGACUCCGAGGACUUCUAUCCCUUCUCCGACACUGGUGUAAUGGAAUUCUCGUCGGGCGGCUCCCUUCAGCUGUGGUGUCCCUCCGGCUUCAACACCCAUUCCCAGAACCUACUCACCGCCAGCUGUGUGAGUGGAUCGACCUUCAGCGUGGACGGAUCUCAUUUCGAGUUCAAGGACCUGUACUGCAAAUCCUGGCCGGGAUUCAAGGCUGUUAAAUCGGGAGCCACCUGCAAUGGUGGCAUUGUGAUCCGCGUCGGUUUCGAGAUCACCGCUUCGCGGUUUGCCGAACAAAUGCAGAUUUGCUUCAACGAGGAGGAGGAGGUGACCCGCUACACUCGCCACAAGCUGGAACCGGGUAGCAAUUACUAUGAGACGGGCGUGGCUAGGAUUACCUUCCAAACGGCUGGCUAUUUCGAUGGCAAGAAUGUGGACAAGCUGUACACCCAGGCCACCCAACUGGAGACGAUCAACAAGGAUCUGGGUGGCGAUGCGGACAAGUACUUCGAUAGUGCCAGCAAUGUGUACCUGGCCCGUGGUCACCUGGGAGCCAAGGCGGACUUCGACUACGCCCCUGAGCAGAGGGCCACUUUCUUGUUCAUCAAUGCCGCUCCCCAGUGGCAAACCUUCAAUGCUGGAAACUGGGCCCGCGUGGAGGAUGGUCUGAGGGCCUGGGUGUCCCAGAACAAGUUGAAUGUGAACUGUUAUACGGGUGUCUACGGUGUGACUACCCUGCCCAACACUCAAGGCGUGGAGACCCCACUGUAUCUGGCCAGGGAUGGCAACAACAAUGGCUUGAUCCCAGUGCCCAAGCUCUACUUCCGGGUGGUCAUCGAUCCCUCAUCUCACAAGGGCAUUGUCUUCGUGGGCGUCAACAAUCCCCAUCUCACCGAGGAGCAGAUCAAGCGGGACUACGUCAUCUGCACGGAUGUCAGCGACCAGGUGACCUAUAUCAACUGGAAGCGCACGGACAUCAAGACCGGAUGGUCCUAUGCCUGCGAGGUGGCCGAUUUCCUCAAGACCGUCAAGCAUCUGCCCGCUUUGACCGCCAAGGGAGGUCUCCUCGUCUAAGUGGUGAUCAAAUAAAAUCCACAACUGUUCAGAAAUUUA